CUGCAAUGCGCUGACGUGCCCAGGCAGAGGGAGGGCGGCCGGGCAUUCAUGAAGGAUUCGGCGAUCGAGGUCGGUCGGUCGGGGAACAGCAGCAGCACCGCGAGGGAGGAGCAUGAGCAGGAGAUUUCAGUGGGAGCGAGCAUCGGUGAAACUUUUGUCCACUGACCGACGAAUGAUUGAUCGAUUGGUCCCAUCACAGGGUCCUCUCUCUCUCGUCCCCGCUUGCUCUUUCUUCCUCCACCGUCCCUCCUCUGCAGCAGGAGCAGCAGCUGCAGCACCACCACAACCAUCAGCAGCACCGUGACCAUCGAGAACUGUGUCUGUCUGUCUUGUCUUGUGAGCUCCGUCCUUCCGGCCUUCGGCUGGAUUCUGUGUAUGUGUUGUAUAUUGAAAGUGAGCCGAGAGAAAAAACUGUAAAGAGAAGAAAGAGGAGGCGGAUUCGCUCGAUUCUUCUGCGGCUGUUUGGACGUGGCUACUCCGUCUCGGGGUGGUUCAAUUCGUCAUUUUUCUUGGGUGUUGAUUCGUGUGGUGGUGAUGAGAUGAGACGAGGGAGUGGGAAAGCGUGACGAGAAAGCUGUGCUCGUUUUCCUGAGUGAGUGCAGCGCCAAUUGCCUCCUGCAGGGCACGCACGCUUGUGCGGGGCAUCGCCAUCUUGGAACAGCAGCAGUAGAGCAGCCGUCCUUGGCAUGAGCGUAAUUUACAAUUAGCCCAAAUCAAAGUGCGCUACGCACGCACGCCCAGCAACGUAGCUUAGCGCGAACGUAAAUCUGCCAGAUUUGUUCUGAAGAUCAAGGAGGUCAUCACGGACGGGAUUAAAUAACAAGAGAGAUAAACGGGGCGAGAAGCAGCAGCGGGCGUUUGCGAUAAGUCUGCACUGAUCUAGGGACGACAGCUACCAGAAUUCGGUUUGCGGACGUAGUGGUUGUCGCGAUCGAAGGAAACGAGUGGGAAUGAAGGGCCCUUGGUGGGGCUUACAAGUCAUUCCAAAUGGAUCGAGUAGAUGGUGUGAGGUAGAUGCGUGCUCGUGAAAUCCCGGUACUCGGAGUCGAGAUUUCCCUUGACUGCUGUAGAUUGUGGCUCGCCGGACAACAGAAGUCAAGGUUACUCAAAUUGCAGGAAGACUCGACGAAAUUAUACCAGAGAAUUCAGACAUCAAGGCUCUCGUGAAGCAUUUGCGGACGGAGCCGUGGUCAAGUGUCAGAUUGAUUGCCUGGUGCAAGCGGAUAACCCGAACAUUCGAGCAGCAACAGGGAAACGAUGCAGAAGAACGGAAUCCCAGCAGUGUCGGGUGAUGUGCCAUCCUUACCUAGUUGGGCGCACAGGGCUGAGCACGAGGUAUCGGACGACGAUGUGUCUCCGACGAAGAAGGAGGAAGUCGCCCGAGAGGCUGCGGAGCUCGUAGCGCAGCAGAAGAGACUUUCCGUUCGCGAUUUGGCCAGCAAAUUCGAGCGGGGCCAAGCUGCCGCCCAGGCCGCUGCUGCUCAAGUCGCCGCAGAACAUGCCACCCACAAGAAAGUGCGGGAGACGACGGUGGUGGGCAAAGAGGCGGUAUUUAAAAAGCUCCGGGGCUUGCUCAAUGAUUUGCGGCUUCGUGUCGCGGGCCGCAACAAGGACGACAUUGAGGAAGGAUUGAAAGCGGUGGAAUCACUUUCGGAGCUAUUUACUCAAAGAGAAUCCGAGUUGGCGCAGGAGAGGGAAGAGGUCAGAAAGAUGGCCGCGCUAUUCAAGCAGGCAUCAGAUGACGCAAAGACGAUGGUCGAGGAGGCCAGGGCUGUCGCGCACAACGAGAUCGAAGCUGCCAAAGCUACGGCAGCGAAGGUCGAAGCCGCUCUCCACGAGCAGGAACAGAUUUGGACUGCUGCAGAAAAGAAGGAGUUGGAAGAUUUGAAACGCGAAGCUCAGGAGGCCCGGAGAAUAAAAAUGUUGCACGAGUCUAGCAAGGCUAUGGAUAUGGAACAUCAAAUUGAUGGUCUAAGGCAACAAUUGGCCGAGAAAGCUGGAGAGGUCAUGAAAUUGCGCAAAGAGCUUGAUGCUCUUAAGCGACAAGGCCAGGAUGGAGGAAAACAGCAAUUGUACCAGAUUACUGGCCAUGAGCACCUCGGGACGACCUUGAGUAUCGGAGCUGUGGAUGAAAAGUUAUCGGACCUUUCCCUCUGCAGCGUCCAGUGGUAUCGAAUCGCAACAGAUGGAAGCUCCCCCGAUGUGAUUUCUGGUGCAAUAAGGCCGCAAUAUGCACCAGAACCAUUUGAUGUUGGAAAGUUCUUGCGAGCAGAGAUCAGUCUAUCUAAUGGGAAGGUCGAGGCUGUGCAAACAUCUGGACCGAUAGACCCUGCUCCUGGCUUGGAAAAGUACGUGGAAAUUCUCGUGAGCAAGGGUGGUGCUCAAUUCAACACAAGAAUAGUGCUGAAGAAUGGAGAAAUCGUUGAAAAGCAGUCCCUUCACACCUUGGACGUGAACAAGAACCGAAUCAAGCUUCACAAAGGACGAACUGUCAAGGCAAAAGAAAAUUACUCAGCGAGCAUGCAGCUCUGUGGAGCAAGAGGAGGCGGAGAUUCUGCUGCUCAAGGGCUAUUUUGGGUAGCAAAGAAGGGGCUGACGUUUAUGUUGGUUUUGGAAUCCGAGAGAGAACGUAACGCUGCCAUUCUAUUGGCCAGAAAGUUUUCAAAACUUGGAAAUAUUCAAUUGGGAGGUCCUGAUGACGUUGUACACCUGGAACCAUAAAAAGUUUCGAGGCUCAGUGUAACUUCGAACGUACAACCUUUGGAAAUUAGGAGAUCAGAACAGUGAUCUUCGCAGAUCCAGCUUUUCAAGACUGCAACCUCACAGAUAUAAAUGAUGCACAUAUUCAAAUUAAUGCUCUGCACAUUGUGUGAGUUUCAACUUGGACGGGCAGCCGCAGGGAUUUGCCGAUGCAUUGAUACAAGUGCAGAGUUACAUUCUCACCGUAAUGGCCUAACAAUUGUUGGCACCCUUUGUACAUUAGUCAAACCUUUUGUGGAUAGAAGUGCAGGUUAUGUGGAACGACGCCACGUGAAGCAGUUAAAGGGGUUUCUGUAAUGUGAUUUUUUUGGUGCUGGCUUAGCUUUAGAGAGGUAGGCUGCUGCAAAAGGUGGCAAAAUACAAGCAGAAGACGAUAUCAAUUAUAUUGAAAGUUUGUGCUUUUCUUACAUGAGUUAGAAAACGCUAUGUCGUGCAUGAUUUGUUAGGGUAGUCUCUCCACUACUAGAUAACAUAGCACGGCUACGAAUGUCAAAAGUGAGGCUCUAAAGAAUGUACCACUUUACUUGUUACACAGCUUUCUACCAAGUAGAUAGAUAGAUUCAGUCUUGAAAGGCACACCUUGGUGAUUUGAACAGAUACCUUCUUAUAUAAUAUAAUCCACGUUGAGUCUG